AUGGCACCUUCACGGGACUACGACUACACGCGCACUAAGAAGCGCCUGUAUCUUGAUCCCCCAACCUACGAUCGCUCCGUCGUUCGCACUCGACGAACCACAUUCGUCCCCCCGCCGCCACCGCCCCCCGUCAUCUACAGGCCUCCCACGCCGCCUCCUGUUAUCUGCAGGCCUGCCACGCCGCCGCCUCCUGUCGUUGUCGAGCCGCCUCCGCCUCCUCCGCCCGUCAUCUGCGAGCCCCUACCGCCACCGCCGCCACCCGUCUGCCCCCCCUCCCCAGAGCCCGGCAUCGAAGUCAUAGCCGUCGACGUCGACCCCGUCGAGAAGAAGCGCCGCCGUCGCAGGUCCCACUCGCGCCACAGCGGGAGUCACUCGCGCGAAGUCUACAUUGAGCGCGAGAAGAUUGUUCCCGUCCGCGUGCCCGUCCCCGUUCCGCAGCCGCAACAGCCCGAGUACGAAACAUUUCGCUACGUCGACGCGCCGAGGCGGUCGCCGCCGCGGAUCAUGCCUGCGCCGCCAAGAGAAGAGCGCGAAGAGGACCGCAUGCGCAUCAUGAUUCACGACAGGCGGCGGGAAAGAGAAUACGUUGACGAUGGGUAUCAGGGCAGUGGGAGCGACCGUGGGUACGAUCGCGGAUAUGAUCGCGUGCGAUACUACUAG